UUAUUUUUCUUCUCCUCAUUUAUUUUUGAAAAUCUCCGUUGAUUUUGAUCUCAUGAAUUAUGCACAAUUAUUCAAACCUCCCCGCGCACGUUAGCCAUGGACCUUAUGCACCAUUCCUCCACCUUCCUCCUCCCCUCCAGUCCCGUCGACGGCCACCGCCCUCCUCUGACCUACGCCCUUGUUCUUCUUAACCAAAGCCUCCCCAGAUUCACUCCUCUGCUUUGGGAGCACGCUGGGCUUCACCUCUGUGCUGACGGUGGCGCCAACCGUCUGUUCGAUGAAAUGCCUCUGUUCUUCCCUAAGGAGAAUGCCUCCGACGUUCGACGCAGAUACAAACCGGAUGCAAUUAAAGGUGAUAUGGAUUCGAUACGAAAGGAUGUACUUGAUUUUUAUAAGAGCAUUGGAACAAAGAUUAUCGAUAAAUCUCAUGAUCAAGACACCACAGAUCUACAUAAAUGUGUAACAUACAUUCGGGACUCCUCUUCAGAUGUGAACAAGUCUAAUCUUUGCAUUCUUGUUGCUGGAGCACUUGGUGGACGAUUUGACCAUGAGAUUGGAAACCUGAAUGUUCUGUGUUGUUUCGCAUCCCUACGAAUAGUCCUUUUAUCCAAUGACAGUCUCGUCUACCUUCUUCCUAGGACUCACCGUCACGAGAUACAUAUUCAAGCUUCUGUUGAGGGACCACACUGUGGACUCAUCCCCCUCGGGAUGCCAUCAAGUAGUAGUACUACAACUGGGCUUAGAUGGAAUCUGAAUAACACGGAGAUGAAAUUUGGUGGUUUAGUAAGCACGUCGAAUAUAGUCGAAGGAGAGAAAGUCACGGUGCUAUCGGAUUCUGAUCUUCUUUGGACCAUCUCCAUUAAGAAGUUGUGGUCUGAAAUCACUUUGGUCCCAUCCUGAUUCUAAAUCAUUCCUUGAUGCUCAUGCUGCACUUGUUUUAUUAUUUGUUGUGUUAUAUGGAUUCGGGUUUACGUGUUGGGUAAGGAUGUGUAUCGGAUACGAAUAUAUUUAAUUUUCAAAAAAUAUAUUUCCGUGUAUUUGGACGAUCA